UUAAGAUUUUAAAUCUAAUGUAGUGUUAUAAACAAUUAAUACUUGACAUGAUCUCGUUUGGAAUAAUGACGGCGGUCCUCUUGGCGUUGACUUGYGUAGUGCAUUACGAUCUGUUGAGCUUGUUUCUGCCUCAUCCGUACGGGCGGCGCAUCAUGUACGCAGACAACGAACAACAGCAAUACCGACCAAGAUCCGAGGCGGACCACGUGUGGAUACCGAAACCGGGAACGGCUCCGAAUACGUCAUAUUUUCUACCACAGCCGGUGAUCUUGCAAGUCAACAGCGAUGACGGCGAGGACUUCUGGACGGACUCGGACUACGAUGUCGGUGGUGCCCAUAAUAAUCGCGGUACGCUUUCCAACGUUGACGUCCACCAACAGGAGCCUGCAUCGGAUACCGUGGUUGUCCGUGUUCCUACCAUUACCACGACUGAGGUACCGGAUGACAGUGACGACAACUACGUCGAUGACGAUGAUUACGUUGCUCCUGAACAAGAGUGGGACGACGACGUCUUUUGACGUGCUUCGCCUUGUUCCCAGUCAGUGCGAAGAGUUUUCACGGCUUUCAUAUAUCGCAAUAAUUUACUAAUAUUGAUCUAUAUUACAUAUACGUUACAUGUAUAAUAUAAUAUUCUUUUUGUCUUUGUAAACCGUAAAGGCACCAUACACCUGCACAACUUUGUGUUUCGU